GUGGAGUCAAAACCUCAAAGUUUGGGUCCCGCAUAUUGCGCAUAGAAAUAGAAACCACCUCAUCAUCCACUCGGAAUAGUGUCAAAAUAAAACAACACGUCUUAUCUAAACAAUUACGCGAUUCUUAAGCCCCUAUAUCAACUAUACUCUUAUACUCUAUCUCUAUUGGAUUACCAAGCUCAAAAUGGUUGGCGUCGCAGGGAAGUCGCAGGCUUGCAACACCUGCAGACUGAAGCGAUUGAAGUGUGAUAUGACGCGACCCUUUUGUUUGAAGUGCAUCAAAUCAAAACGACAAUGUACUGGUUAUGGUCGAGAUCUGAUCUUUGUCAACCGGACUCCUUCAUGUCCGUCGACCACUGCGAUGUCAGUACUGUCGGAGCUCAGAGCGCAGGAGGUGCCGAAACGCGCUGCACCUAAUCCAAAAGCAGAAGCAACCUUGCACAAAUUGUUCUCGGAGUCUUCGCACAAUUGCCGGGAGUUUCGAAUGUACGCUGUUGAGCUACUAGAAGCUAUGUACCUCCCAAAGCAGUCGGUAUCUACAUGUAGUGAGGGGAGCUUUUCAUGGGUCUACCAUGUAACAGAUCUAAACGAGCCUAGCGAAUCUCUCGAUACUGCCCUCUUCGCAUUCUGUCUCGCCCAGCUUCAUGUUACUGGCACAGGUGGCCCUUCAUUAUAUCAAUGCCUUGAUCAGUAUAACACCGCCCUGCAACAUCUUUACUCCGAUUUAGCCGACUCGGAAAAGAGGUUUCGAGAGGAAACAUUGGCAACUAUAGUGGUACUAUCGACAUGUGAACUCUUUGUAUGUCCUGCAGAAAAUGGUUGGAGUGUCCACGCACGAGGUAUUGCAGAGAUUCUUCGAUUGCGUGACCCGGGAAUGAAGAGUACUCCAGCAUGGCGGCAUCUGUUUUCGCGUAUGAGGAUUGUCUGCACUUUGGAAGCUCUGACGAAGAGGCAAGCACAAAUUCUCGAAAACGAUAUAUGGCGACAAAUUGUAACUGAGUCCGGUUUAACCGUGGCUCUUGACGAGGUUUAUAGGAUGAUUGCCGACUUCCCCGGCAUUCUUGAACGAGCAGUUGCCCUCCCUUCGAUUAGCGACCAGAGUGUUCUUCUAAAAGAAUCGGCAGCAGUUACGCAGUCAAUAUUAGCCAUGGUGGAGUCUGUAGAAUCCUGGCACGAUGCGUUCUGGAAAGCUUCACCAACUCCCCGAUCCUGGUCUGUACCAAGUCGCGCAGUGAAUCCGGCCGAUGCCGACCCUUCAAACAAGAUCUUCCCGUUCUGCUUUGAGUUCGAAUCACUCGGCGUCGCAGUCCCUGUCGUCAUGUGCUGGUCGGUCGGUACUCAGCUAUACAGCACUGUUAUUCAAAUAUAUAACCUUGUCCAAGCGAGGCUAGGCCGGCAGAUUGAUCUCCAGGAUCUUCUGUCUCAAGCUGAUGCCACGGUGAUAGACGUAGCAAGCCCAUCGGAAUCUUCAAAGCAGAACGCUCCGUUAUCCAAUGCGGGUACUGGCCGUUCGAUUCAAGAUAUUCAAAGCGAGGGGACAAGGAUGGCGCGUUACGUGUGUCAGUCAAUGGAGUAUUUCCAUCGAAUAGAAAUGGGAACAUAUGGUGGCCACGCAACAACCUAUCCAUCCUGGAGCGCUCGACAGUAUUUUCGGCUCCAUCCGGGCCACGAGCGGGAAUGGUUGUGGAUACAGAACAUGCACAUGAUGGAAGGUCCCAAUACACGUUGGGGACUGUCGAUGAUGACAUUUGCGGACAUUGCUGAGCCGUUGGGUGGCUGGUCAAGAUAGGGCUUGAGUGGAAUCUCACCCAGUUUUACUUUGUACAAAAAUUGUGAUUCAUCGAAUUAGCACUAGUAUACCCUUAAGAGAGAUGCAAGCGACACCGAAGAAUCUUGGCUUAUAAAAGUGGUUGAAAAAGUAUAUAAAUUCUUG